AUUCCACACAGGGAGCUCUACCCUCAAGUCAGGGGAACGCCCAUCACUGCUCUCAUCACUAUCCCCACUGCUUCAGCCACGGCCGUCACGUUCACCUCUACCCUCACCAUCACCAUCACUUUCAAGUGGGAGAAACUGAGGCCAGGGAAAGGGGAUGAAGGGAGGGCAAAGAAAGAUAAUUCCAAAGGAACAUGAGCAUCAAUAAUGCUUUAAGAGUGUUUUGGAAAUCAAGAGAAUGGAAUACGAAAACAUCGACAUUUGAUACAGAUGAGUAUAUUUCACUUUUACCCAAAAGAAGACGUUCUAGAAAGAAAAGGUCAAGAGCACUGAGAGACACCAAAAGCCAUGAAGAGGAACAGGUCUAUGAGCAAGUGACCACAUUACCCUGUUUCAUAUGCAAGCAAGAAAUUGACCUAUCUGGUAUUUUUCUCCAUAAGAAGCAACAUGUAGCUCUGGCCACACUGGGUUUCCAAUGGAUGGGUGGAAAGAAACCACAGCCCUCAGUGAUUGCUGUUCAGAGACAGUUCAUGAUUUCUAAACUAUUGUCAUCUUUUAUGCUCACUGAAAAAACCCUACAGAGCAUUAAUAAUGCUUUUGAGCUGCUUUGGAAAAAACAAAUACCACCAGCAUACUAUAAGAUUUUUGAUAACAUUGACAGGAGUGUUGUAUAUUCUCAAAAGAUAUGUCAUCUAUUAAUUAAAGGAGUGGGCAUUUGUGAAGACAGGAAUUCUACAUGGAAAGCUGACAUGAAUGAUAAAUUCACUGUAGUGAGUAAUUUUGGUAAUAAACCUAAUGUGUGUUUUUUCGGCUUGUUCGAUGGACAUCAUGGUGCCUCAGCGGCAGAACUUACAUCAGUGGAACUCCCAGUUUUACUUCUCCAUCAGCUUUCCAAAUUUGAUCCUUCUUACCAAAUGACAACUGAUGAGCAGCAAAUAAUCAAGUCCUUUUGCACCGUGUUUAGAGAAGAAUACACAGCAAUAGAAGACCUCUUUUCUGCCAUAAACAAAGCAGAUGCAGUGAGAUGUGAGUCUGAGGACAUACACAAAGCCUUUGCAAAAGCAUUCUGGAGAAUGGAUAGGCUUUUACGUCUUGGAAGAAAAGAAGUGUCCAGGGUUCAAUGGAGUGGCUGCUCUGCAGUUACUUGUAUAUUGGAAGGAGAACCUAAAAGUCCUUAUAAGAAUUGGAGAAGAACAAAUAACCAUGAUGGGUUGGCAGAGAGCUCCUCUUCCCAGGAGAUGCCAAACAUAAUUUCUGGAACAUUACAUGUUGCAAACACCGGUAAUGUGCAAGCAGUCUUAUGCAGAAAUGGGAAAGGUUUUUGCCUCACCAAAGAACAUACUACACGAAACACAAAUGAAAGAAGAAGAAUACUUCAGAAUGGAGCAGUCAUUAGCGCAAAUGAACCAUACGGGCUGGUAGAAGGGCAAGUAAAAACUACACGAGGACUUGGAUUUCAUGGAAAUCUCAAGCUGAAAAAAUCCAUUAUCCCAGCACCUCAAACUAUUUCUGUCCCUAUAGAUGACUUAUGUCAAUUCCUUAUCUUAGCUACUAAUGGACUUUGGGAAGUUUUGGAUAAAGAAGAAGUCACUGCCUUGGCAAUGACGACAUUUCACGUGUAUAAAGAAACAUACUGUUCUAUCACGCAUAACAAAUCUUCACCAUCAAAAGGGCCUCUGCUUUUUUUCAACAGUGAACCAAACUUUACGAAAUCACAAAGUAAUAUCCACGUAUUGUUUCAGUAUAAAUCUGAAUCUAAAGAAUGUGUGCCAACUAGAAAUUCCAAAGAAAAUUUGUCUGAUUCAAACUAUUCUAAAUAUUCCAUUUAUAACCCUGAGAAUGUAGAAACAUUUCCAGCAGAAACAAUUCAUCAUGAACCUUGCAGUGAAAAAGUAACUGACAGACCAACCAGUGUAAAUGGUGUGGCAAUAAAUGAAAAACAAUUAGGCACUAAGAGUUUCUAUGAAGAUGCAGCUGAGUAUGUUAGCCAUGAACUUGUAAAUGCUGCUUUACUGGCUGGCUCCAGAGACAACAUUACAGUUAUGGUAAUAUUUCUCAAUGGAAGUAUCAGCUUCUGACAUAAAAAAUAAAGUUCCAGUUAUCCAACACACCAAAAUAUAGUACCAUAAAGCAAUUCUCCAGUGAUCCAUAUAUUAGGAUAAUUCAUCAAUACCACACAAAUAAUUUUAUAAACAUUGUAAAUAUAAAAGCAGAUAUUAGGUUACAUAAUAUCACUUACAUACAUUAACAGUUUUAUGCCAAAAAAAAAAAAAAAGAGAGAGAGAAAAACCAAUACUUGCUUUUUAUACCACUUUAUUCCAACCUGAGCACCUCAAUAUAAAACUAAACACUGGUGAACCGUUUUCCUAAUUCUGCAUUAUCAUAAAUGUACAAGUUCUCCUAGCAGUCCAACACUUAAAUAGAUUAAAUCAUCUCUGACACAUGGUAGCUUUCAUAUAAUGAAAAUACCUAAAAUAAUUAGUGCAAUAUACUGAACUGAUCAAAAUAAAAUGAACUUUGGAAAAGGUGGCUGCAAGAUUGUUACUAACAUAUUUCAAUACUUUAUGUUACAAAUUGUGGGUACGUUGUUUAUUAUGAUUCUAGCCAUGGAGGAACUGAUGCCCCUUCCUGCCAAAGGGGGAGAGAGAAAUAAUUAGCUGUUUUAGUAACUGUACAUUUUGUAUACUUUUAAGCAACUCUUAAAUAUUACAGAAAAGUAAUACAUAUAUGGAGACUACAAUGCAGUACCCUAUUUACAGUACAGCUGAACAUCGAAUUUAAAAUCAAGUUUGAAUAUACAUAAUUGUUAGUGCAUUGACUAUAUUAUGUCAAAAGGGAACAAAAGCCCCCUCCCUGCCCCAAACAACAAAAUCUAUGUAAUGGCCAGCAGUGAUUAAUUAGAAAUCACAGACACCUGGUUUAUUUCAUUUUUGUUAAAGAAUUCAUAUGUUUGUAAGGAACACUAACCAUUAAGAUGCAUUUAUUGUUCUCAAAUUCCUAGAACAAGAUAGGGUUGCAUUUUUUUUUUUUUUUACCCCAUU